AUGGAUUCCCAAGUCCUAUCAGCAGGGAGUCUAUUUGUAUCCCACCUAUGCCCACCUAACCUUUCUGAUUUGUCAAACGUUUCUGAACCUGCAAAAUUUUCGGCACAACAAUUAUUGGAUCGCCAAUAUGAUGAGGAAGGAUGGAAUUGGCUCAUUGUGAAUGAAACGGAACAUUCGCAACGUUUAUUAGAUGCAGCAAUUGAAAAGUGGCCUUCAAGUCCAAUUGUUUAUCACAGACGUGCGUUAUUUGACAUUUAUCGCAACAACUUCUCCAAUGCUUUCCAAACAUAUAUUAGGGGCCUUGAUUUCGCACGUAACUAUGACCUGUAUGAUGGGUUUUUAUCAUUUCUUUAUCAUAAGGCAUCGGUUCAUGAGUAUAUUUUAUAUAUCAUAAAAGCGGUUGAGCAGGUUGGAUUGGAUCACCGUUCUGGGCCACUGUGGCGCGAAUUAGCCACAAUAUAUCUCAAAAUAUACAACACAUCACUUCUAUCCUCUGGGGUGGCACAGGGGUUGAUUCCAGACUUAUUUUUUAGUGAGUCCACGAUAUCAAAUGCACCACUAAUCCCCAGUCAGGUUGAGCAGUCGGUUUUCAAAGGUUUAGCGCCUCCCGAAUUGUGUGGAAAUGAAGAGCAGAAGUCUUACAUAGCACUAUUCGGCGAUGUACAAUAUUUACGCAAGCUUUUUCACAAGUGGCUUGGAACGCCUACCUUGAAUAUGGCCAAAGUGUGGGAGGCCUAUUGCACUUUUGAACGUUUUGUUGGAGGCAUUGGAGUUGAUCAUGGGCCGGGAUCCAAAAUAAUGUCUGACUAUGAAGCGAUAUAUUCUAGAUCAUCGAUAACCUAUGAUCGUCUAGUUGAUUACUAUACCAAAAUCCGUUAUGAUGAAGCAGAUGAAAAUUUGCAUGGAUGGCUCGAGGUGAUCGAGUUUGAAAAAUCUAACCCUAUAGGCCUAGAUCCCUCAUUAUGUAACGAACGAGUAUUUUAUACAUACUACUAUGCAUUAAAUUACCUCCCUCGCUGUGCCCAACUAUGGUACGAUGCUUUUCAGUACAAUCUAACCUCUGGCCGGGGCGAUGACGCAGUCAAAAUGUUAAAAAUUGCGCUGGGGAAAUUCCUUCCAAAUCACACGCAUUUGGGCCUAGCUUUGGCAAUUUAUUCGGAAAAAUUUGCCACCGAACUUGCAGAUCUCAAUGUUACUGAUGAUAAGCUUGAGGAUUACUUUUCAGGAGCAACCAACAUUUUGGCUCUGUUUGGAAUAAAUACCAAGGUAGAUGAUCAUUUGAAGCUGAGUGGAAGAAUUUGCGAUUUGCCUGCUUUCCAGGUGAUUCAUCUGUUAAAUUUCGUUAGGAGGUGGAAGGGCAGUGAAAUGUGGAGAAAUUUAUCAGAAAAGAUAAUGAACGCCUCUGGUGUCUUCUCAUGGCAGCUAGCCUGGUACAUGUCUACGAUCGAGAUACAAUGCUACAGUAACUUGUCUCGCGGCCUAAACAUACUCAACAUUGCCCAAGAUCUGUUGAAUUUUGACAUAAAGUAUACAUUACAGCAUUUUUACUUGCUAGUGUCCUAUGGGAAAUUGGAUGAUGCUAGAACUCUGGCUACUAGAUGCCUCACUGGCGACAAGUCCAAAAGCGAUGCCCGAGACAAUCUUAAAAUCAAGCUUUGGUUGGCUUGGCUUAAUAUGGAAUUUUUUUAUGGCAGCAAAGAAACACUGAAGUUCGUUGAGGACGCAUUUGUCAGGUACAAAUUGGGACUAAGCACGGCCCAAAUUCUUACACAAGACGGCAGCUCUUCUUCUGCCCAUAUUUUAGCGGGAUACAAUGAUUUUUCAUGCUUGUGUGAUUUAGUACCAUGGAACCAAUUCACAGAAUGUGUAGAAUGGACGCCGACACCGCUAAAACUCUUUUCCGGUUUGGAUAACACAGAUGAUAUUUCACGUAGCAAGUACGACUUUAACAACCUGCCAGUUAUUGUGCGCCCAGAUGUAUCAAUGAUGACGCUAUUGGAUUUAAAAUCAGUGGCUGCCUUGGAGACUAAAACUUUGUUACAUUCGUCACAAAGACCCCCAUUCCCUCCUUCCUUGACCACGUUGGAUUCUGUAGUAACACCUCCCAAGCCCAUUUUCGACUUACUAUGCAUACUGCCAACUCCAGAAGCCAUUAUUUCAUCUUAUAAGUCAAAAAGGGGGUUAGGGAACCCAAUUAGUGCCACUGAUAUUUCCUACCUAACCAGCGUUGAGAAUGUGGAUUACCUCCUUUCCAUGAUAGUAUCAACCGACUUUAAUUUACCUUGCAGCAGGGGCUAUACUCCCUUGCCAUUAGACCACCUGAUUAAGCUUAAGGAUGGCAAUGUUAGUAGUUUAGGUGUGGCGGAGGAUGAUGCGGCUGAGGGGCAAGGCAAUGAGCGUGCGAUGGAAGCUAUAAGGAAGAUGAAGAAGGGUGGGGGGAUAGGCGCCCUGUUGGACUUCUUGCAGAAUAAUACAUAG